AUGUCGCUCUUGCUCGCGGAGCUCACCGCGCUGUCGUCGGAGUCGAAGCGCAAGAGUCCCGAGGUGAAGACAGCGUCAGACCAGGCGCUGGCGCAGCUCCGGGCGGAUCAAGAUGCCGUCCUUCGGGCAUCGUCCAGGUCGCCGGACGAGGACCUGCUCCUCAAGCCCAUCUUGCUCGCUUGCAGCUCCAAGACGACGCCGCCAAAGGUCGUCAGCAUCGCAGUGGGCCUGCUGCAGCGCAUCAUCGGCCUGCGGGCGGUGCCAGAGCGGGAGAGUCACCUCUCGACGAUUAUUGACCUGCUCACCAAUGUCAUUGCGUCGAGGUCCGAUGUCGAUAUCCAUCUCAAGGUCCUCCAGGUCGUUUCUUCGCUCCUCUCCACUUACUCGACAAUCCAUAAUGAGCUACUGUCCCGGACGCUCCAUCUCUGCUUUCGCCUUCAGGACAGUCGGAUUGGCGUCGUCAGCUCCACGGCCGCGGCCACGCUUCGCCAGUCGGUCAUGACCGUCUUUGACAAGGUCAAGGCUGAGGACGCCAUCCUCGACGGGAUCAAGGCAGGAGGAGAGGAUGCUGCCGCUGCUGCACCCCUGGCUGCCAUGACUGUUCAGGUUCCUGACAAGGGGUCCGUGACGCUCUUUCCCUGCUCGCGAGACGCUUACUUGACAAUCAGCGACCUCAACAAGCUGGCCAAUGGGAACGAAGCCCCCUUUCUCGCCCUGGCUUCCCUGCCAAGGACCUUUGUCCUGGAGCUCGUCGAGUCGAUCCUCACCAACCACGCGCACCUGUUCCGCGCCGACUCGCAUCCAGAGCUGCUGCUAUGCUUGCGCGAGUCCACCUGUCCCCUCCUGAUUCGUGCACUGAGCGAGGAGGCCGUGUUUCCAACCACGCUGCGACUCAUGCGCCUCCUCUUUGUCCUCCUCCGUCAGUUCAGCCGCGAGCUAGUUGUCGAAGUCGAGAUCCUCAUCAGCAUCCUUCUACGAUUCAUCUCGCCGCCCAGCAAGAUCGAGCGCCCUUCGCCACAGAGGCGGAUUUCAAGCGCGUUCAUGUCCUCAUCGGCUCACGAUGCCGUCCCCCACUGGCAGAGGGUCCUCGCAAUGGAGGCAGUGAGGAGCCUGUGCUCGGACGGAGAACUGCUGCGCAAUCUCUGGAAGUGGUUCGACGGCAAACCAAAUUCGGCAAAGGUCUUUACCAAUCUCGUGGAUGCCAUACAUCUCCUUGCCAUCGAAGAUCCCAAUGCAAUCGGAAAGGCAGAUGCCUCGGAUCAAAUGGGUGGGAACCAAUCGACAACCAGCCGACCAAGCACCGAUCGAGCCAGGUCUGGCCUGUACGGCGCCGCUGCGGGCGUGGCGACCGCCAUGCUUACGUCCGGUGCCUCCUUCACCCCUGCCGAGGGCGGGGCUGGACUGAGCCAGACGAGCGUGCCCGGUGUCCAGCUCAUCGAUCAGCUCGACAAGUCUGAGGCACCCCACUCGCCACCCACCUACCUCUACCUCCUCGCCCUUCAGUCGCUGGUUCACCUUGCCCAGUCGAUUGCCAGCUACGUUCUGCCAUCUUUCUCGCGCUUUGCAAAUGCUCGCCCCAAGUCGGCACCUCGAGCGCCGCCAUCCUUGGACUUUGACGCUCUCCAGGGGUCGGAACGCGCAGAGAUGGAGGCGGUCAAAGACAUGGUCCUUCAGGCAUGGGCGCCGCUCAUGACAAGCCUGACAUUCUUCCUCUCGGCCAAAUGCGACGAGGUCCUCUUCUCAGAGGCGCUCGUCGCCCUGCGCAACUUCACAAAUGCCACCGGCGUCCUGGGCCUCGAGUCGCCUCGAGACGCUCUCAUUGCCUCGUUGGCUCGCUUCGCCGUUCCCCGGCAGGUCAUGUCCAAGCUCGUUACGUCGUCGUCGUCGUCAUCAGCAGCUGGCCAGACUGCCGAAGCAGGAGAGGAUGACAAGGACAGCACGACUCUGAGUGAAAGAAAUGCGGCAUGCCUCAAGGCCGUCACCCAGAUUGCCUACUAUCUCUCCGGCAGCUUGGGGACGCAUUGGAGAGACGUCCUCGAGACAUUGUGCGAUGCGGAAUUCGUCCUCCGCAGAGGCGGCCGCAGACGAAGAGGCUCAAAGGACGACAGUGAAGCGACGAAUGCGUCAUCGUACGAGCCAAAGGCCUCCAUGUCCUCCAUCUCGGCCCUUUCCACCAUUCCCCCCGGCUUUUCCUCGGCCGCCUCGAGGGACCCUGUCAGCAAACGACCGAUGGCCAUGACCCAGAUUGACACCGAUACCCUCCUGGCCGACGUCGCAAGGGUGUUUGAGAAUACCCAAGCGUUAGGGCCCCAAGCCUUUCUUUCCUUUGUCGAGGCCCUCUGCGCGCUCGACGCCGACUCCACGGGUGUGGCUGCCGCUGCUGCUGCCGAAACGGCAGGCAAGACAAGACAUCAAAGUGGGGAGCUCACUCUCCGUGCGGCCAACAGAAGCUUUCCCCUGUCGUCGCUCAGCCUUGUGUCCAUGCUCAACGUCGAGAGGCUCACCUUUUCGGCGUCUGGCAUGGGCUGGGACCUUCUCUGCGCACAUCUGCAUGCGGUCUUAGCCCAGAGCCAGCUUCGACCCCCUCUCCGAACGCAGGCUGCCGAGGCUCUCGACUCAUUCUUGUUCGCUGCCAUCAGCGCCAAGAGCAGCAACGAGUCGGUCGACGACAGGAAGCGAGUACAAUCGCAAACGCUUCUUGCGCUCAGCAAGCAGGCCACUCUUGAGGAGCGCAGAGCUGUGACUGCCGAUGUUGAUGUGCGGCGGAUGGGGCUCGAGACGCUGCUCCGGAUUCUGGAGGCCCAUGGCCAUGCUCUGCUUCUCGGCUGGGAAACCAUCUUCUCCAUGUGUGCGGCAUCCUGCGCGGCACCCGCCGAGCCAUCGUCAAGCGCAAAUGUGCGAAGCUCAGUACCCCUCGUCAAGGUCGGCUUCACCUGUCUGCAAAUUGUAUGCUCCGACCUGCUGGCUUCUCUCACUUUACCGCAGCUGCAGCAAUGCGUCUCCACAUUGACCAAGUACGGCGCUCAGACGGACGACGUCAAUGUGGCCCUGACGGCCAACGGCACGCUGUGGGGCAUUACGGCCGAGAUUUCCAAUCGUCCAUCGACGGGCUCGGAUCAGGAUGAUCUCUGGGUCUUUGUCCUGCGAUCGGUGCUCCAGCUCACGGCUGACGAGAGGGCAGAGGUGCGACAGGGCGCCAUCUCGCUCCUCUACAACAUUCUUGAGCAGUACGGUGCCGGGCUUGAUUCGUCGGUCUGGUCGGGGCCCAUAAUGCAGGACAUUCUCUUUCCCUUGCUCGAGGCGCUUCGCACACGGCUCAACGAGCUGCGCAGCUCGGGUGCCAAAGAAGAUGAGCGUGCCGACCGGAUGGCCGCGACGAUGGGUCAGCCAGGAAGCGCUGUGAAGCAAUGGGACGAGAGCAGAGUGUUGGCCCUCGCAAACUCCGGAAAGGUCAUUUCGCAAUUCUUCAUCGAAAAGCUCGUCGACGCAGAAAAGGUGGAAGAAACAAAGGCAACAUGUAAGCGGCUGCUGGACGAGCUCAGCCUGGGUUUCCUCGGAGGCCCUAAUGCCAUUUCGCAGGCUUCCAUCAAGGCGCUUGAAGCCAUCGUGUCGGUCGAGAUGCCUCCUGAGGGUGCUGCAGAGCAUACAGUCGUCGUCGAGUUUUGCAAGAUGGCCUGGGAGACGUGGUGCAACCUUGCUAUGCAGCUCGGCCAGUGCGAGGUGCCACUAAGUCAGACCAACCUGGUUGCGUAUGUUCAAACAGUGUCACCUAUCUACAAGAAGCUACAAGGGCACAAGGUGACGCUCGAGGAACACAACCGGCUGCUCGACUCCCUUAAGAUCUGCAUCGCCUACACCGCGAGCACUGACAACUUGCCGGACGUGGACAAUCUGUCGCCCCUGCAAUCGGCCGUCAGAUCCACGAUCUUCUCCCUUCAUCUCGUUCCUGGCCUUCGAUCCAAGAUCAUCAACGACCUUGCAGAGUACUCGACAUUGGCCUUCACGCCCUCACCCCGAAAGACGCCAUCCUACGUCGCACUCAACAAGGUGGCGAACAACGACCUCGUCGACUGCUUCUCCAGAUGGAGCCGAGAGAGAGAGGUCUUUGUCAACGGAGCAGUUUCCAAGAUCUUUUCGAGCCUGCUUGUGCCCGUCAAGCUUCGCUACGACUGUCCGAGCAGUGCAAGCGCAACCAAGAUGAAUUCGGCGAGAAAGAUGAACGGGUCAGCACUGAUGGAAGACGGCGGCCCGGGAAGCGAUUCGACCAUCGCUCCGCUUUGGCAGACUGCAACGGUCGCUUUCUGCAGAGUGGCCAGCCUCGCAUGUCAACGGAUGGACGAUGAUUUGCCAGAAGAGACGAUUGCAGACGUCUGGACGCAUCUGGGUGCCAUCCUCGAGGCCAGCUUGACAGUCGACUUUUCCUCGGACAAGGAAGACCUGGCGGAUGAGCUGUUCGACGUCGUCGUCUUCUCGACGCUGGAGCAGGCCGUGCUGCCUCGUUUUGGCGACAGAAGAGUGCCGACAAGCGUCAUCGACGGCAUUGCUCGGGCAUUGGAAAGGGCCUCGAGACUGACUUUGAAUGGGGUCGAGGAGACUGUCGAGGAGCCGUCUCACGACCGCCAAAGGGAGCUCUUCUCUUACUGGGCCUUUGAGACGCUCCUGCUCGGCUGUCAUGACGACGGGCAAGAAGCCGCUGGUAGCAAAGCGAGAAUGGAAAAGAAGCGGAUCGCGCUCGUCUUUUUGCCGCACCUGCGCAAGCGCAUCGACGGCGUCUUGCGUUCAUACCUCGAGGUCGCACCGCUCAUGGGCAAGGAGCCGAUGCAGCGAGUGAGGGAGGAGGAGCUCAACUUUGUCCUGAGCUCCCUAGUCGAUCUGCGGCUGUUCAGACGGUCUUUGGCGCUUGCGAAGCUCUCCAACGAGGAUCAUGGCGAGGUGCGGAAGUGGCUGGACGAAGAGCACGACGAGGGUACGACGAGCGCGGCAAAGGAUUCGGAUCGCGCGAUGGUCAUUGGGACGUACGGUCACCUGUGCGACAUGCUCAUGCUGCCCAGAGGCAGUGAUGGGGGAGCUCUCAAACGGUCGACUGCCGGCUCGAGCCGGCUGGGCGACGUUGGCAGGUUGCAAAAGGCCCUAGCCAGGUAUUCGAAGCUUAUCGCGCUCGAGGGCGGUGAGGGGCCCAUGAAGCUGGGAAAAGUGGGAAGCGGAAACGUUCUGGGAAGCCCAAGGCUAGAGAGAAAAGGGCUGCAGGAGCCGACAAAGCUAGUGCGAACGUUGCUGGACGUAGCAGGCUCUUACCUGGUGUAG